UACAUUGGGCCAAUAAGGAAUUGGCAAGGCUUCUUCUCUGCUGCUGACAGCUAUUUCCUACCAGGGCGAAGCGCUUUCAUUGGCAUCGGCUUCUCAGACCGGGGUGAUGCUUUUGACUUCAAUGUCUCCCUGCAGGAUCACUUCAAAUGGGUGAAGCAGGAGACGGAAAUUUCCAAGGAGUUCCAGGAAACUGACACACGCCCCAAGCUGGACCUAGGGUUCAAAGAAGGACAGACCAUCAAACUAAGCAUUGGGAACAUGCCCACAAAGAAAGGAGGGGCACUCAAACCCCGUGCAGUUGGACUGGGGGGGCUGAACCUGCUCCCGCCUCCUCCAGGUGGCAAAAUCACUGUCCCUCUGGUCCCUCCCCCAUCUUCGACAGCCAUUUCCAACCAUGUGACGCCGCCACCAGUGUUGAAAUCCAGCAACAUGGGUAAUGCUGAUAUCCUGUUAGAUUUGGACUCUCCUGCAUCCAUCUCUAAGGCACCUGCUGCUGUUUCAGCCACAACAGACCUCUGGGGGGACUUCAGCACUGCAUCCAGCGCUGUUCCAAAUCAGGCUCCUCAGCAGUCCAACUGGGUCCAGUUCUGAAUGGCCAAGGCAGUGGAGUGGGAACCAACAAGUGACCAAGAGGGUCUAAGGGCAUCAAAUGGGAUGGGAAGUAUCCCAGCCUCUCAGACUUCUGUCAAAAAUCCUGGACAAUCUUUCCUUCUAAAGUUUCCACUUCGGUUGGGACUGAGUUUUGAUCUCGCAGUCAAACUGCCAGACAUCGAGGGAACAUCUCAAAAUUUGCUAUGUGAUAGCCAGGGGGAGGAAGGGAGUUACAGCUCCUCUACAUGCCUGGCUAUUGAGCAGUGCAUCCCGUUUCUUGUUUCUGAGCUGUCAGUAUAGGAAAAUCAAGAAUCCAUAAUGAGGGGUAUGUGAGGAGGGGGUGAAGGUGUCUAAGAGCUUUUAAACGCUUCCUCUGGCUAGGGCCAGCUUCCUCCCACUGUUAAAAACCUUCCACAGGUAUUGUACAGUAAAGAUCCAAAUCACUACAGCUUGGCUGGAAGGACUGAAGGCUCUUAGUUUGUCAUGCAGCUGUGUUUGUGCUCUGGUUAUAUUGAUGGAUUUGCUACAGCCCUAACAUAGGAACAGCGAGGAGAUUGGAGUGGUCUGCCUUCUGCAUGUCUGUGGCUGAGCCAUAACCACCUCCAUGUGCUUUCUCCUUGCUCUGAUAUGCAGAUCUUGAAGGGUGUUUGCUGUGGCUUUGGGAGAGGAGACAAGUCCAUGGAUAGAUCAACCUGCCUGGAGGCCACAGACUGGCACUUCAUGAUUUAUGAUGUUCCCUUACUUGGUUUGUUCUUUUAGAAGCUGAUCUUGGUGCUGCUUUGCUUCUUACCCUCCAGAGCACUCUCCUGCUCCCCUCCCCCACUGAGCUCUCAACAUGCCUUUGAGCGGUUUUAACUGGAAGGGUGUAUAAAUGCCUGUUUUUAUAACUGUACAGUCAUGCUAGUGUGUGGCUGGUUAGCAACUGGAUUAUUCCACCUCCAUCAGCACUUCAUCUUCCUGCCCAUCUCCCUAGCCUCAGUUGGGAUGUGUCCUGGUGAAACACCUGUAUCUGGCAGUGCUGGUGAUGUGUGCUGAAAUCAUUUGCAAUUACAACAAUUUCUCUGUGCCCAUACAUAGCUCAAGCUGCACUGGGGGACAGUGUGGAAGGGGCAGAUCCCAUUGGACACCCCACACUCUGUUGGAUUACAGGUGGGAAGCUGGCUGGACCCUGACUAGGGUCUGGUCUUACAUGACAUUUGGACUACAACAGUUGGGCCCUUUGGGGCCUGGCUGCUCCCUCCCUGUAGCCUUCUACCUGGUGGGAUUUAGUUGCCAUGAUGAUUUAAUGUCUUUGAACUCCCCUGUGUCACCCAAGCCCUUCUUCAGGGCAUACAAAAUUGCUGAGGCAAAGAUCUUGUACCUCAUCCCUUGUUCUGUGUGGGAGGCUCUUUAAGCCUCUUGCUUUUGUAACUACUCCCCAGCAGUAUUUCCUUGUGAAAACAAGUAGACUCUCAUGGCAAUAUAGUUUAACAAGGAAAAACCCAGGGAAGCCUGGCCCUCCUACCUGCUUCCUUUGUAUGGGCUUCAGUGGGGUCCCUGGCAGUGUAGCCAGUCUCCUCAACCCUCCUGUACCUGGGAUCCACUUUCUAGAACACUAGGCUUGGACUUAACCCUGGAAGCAUUAAAACUGAAUAGUAGAGUUUCUGCCCUCCACCCUUAAAGUACCAGGGCUAGCACUCUUAAAAAGGGAGCAGCUAAUUGGACAUUUUGUACUUCCAGUUAGUCUCCACUCUUUUUUCCUCUCUCCUGUUGUGAUUGUAGACUACCUCUGCAGGUUUGCUGGUACCAUGGGCAUUGAGAGGCCAAUUUGCACUUGGAGCAUCUCUCUGGGAAGCAGCAAUUAUUUUGACAGCACUUGUGGGAAUGCCAUAUCUUUCUAAAGCUGCUGCAGUUCCACUCAUGGCAGUGGGGACCAGACUGCUGGCUUGGUUGGAUGUAUUUGAAUUAGCUGCCUAUUCCGGUCCUCUUCCCCCCCUCCACUAUAUUUUCCCUUCUUGAUAUUUGCUCCUGAACCUCGUUGUUUUGAGCUUCCUGUCUCGGAGGCUUCCCUUUUUCCUAUGCAUUUGUUACGUGGAUGGGUGCAAAUCAUUAACCCCUUCCGCUCCCAGUGUUCUGUACACCAGGCCACGUGCCCUGGUGAUUGGCUCAAAUCUUCCAUAUCAGUGGUAGGUCCAGUCAUUUCAAAACUAAGGAAGUUAGCAACUAACCGGGAGCCUCUCCCUCUGUGUAGUCUCUUAGCUAGUAUUCUGGAGCUAAUAUAUUAUGUAUUUGAAAAGCUGAAGAAGCAUACAUUAAAGAUAUAUGUAUAUAAAGCAUAAAAUGUACUGGUGCAAUAAUGGUAAUUAAACAAGAAAAAUUGGAAAAUGAA